GGAAGGACGCGAGGGGGAGGGGGCCGACGGGCGGGUCUUUGAUGAACUUUGCGCCUGUUGCUGGUGAGCCGGGCGCGAGGCUGUGGCCCGGGACGGAGUUUCCUCGCAAAGGAACGGAGAGCUCCGCGUCCUGUGUGCCUCGACCCGGCUGGCCGCCGGCCCGAACUCCCAUCCGGUAUCCCUCCCCCUCAGGGACCUCGCGCGUGGCCCUCGCCUCCCGGCAGCACCCAACUUCGCAGCAGAUGGCCUUUCCGGGUCGGUAGGCAACCAGUUGGGGGCCAGUGGGCCGCUUGCCCGGGUAACGUAGUCGGACCCCGGCCCAGGGCCUGAGCGGCGGGAGCUGGGAGGCCGCGGCCUUCGGGAGAGCGCGGGGGCGGGGCCGACCACCUGUGCGUGCCGCCCCGGGAGGAGGUGCCGCCUGCUCGCACCCGUCCGCGCUGCGGCCGUCGCAGGCUUGACAGUGCCGUCCCGCGUCCCCGGACCAUCCUCGCCAUGAAGCCCAACUUCUCACUGCGACUCAGGAUCUUUAACCUCAACUGUUGGGGCAUUCCCUACCUGAGCAAGAACCGGGGUGACCGCGUGAAGCGCCUGGGAGACUUUCUAAACAUGGAAAGCUUCGACCUAGCUCUCCUGGAAGAGGUCUGGAGUGAGCAGGACUUCCAGUACCUGAGACAGAAGCUGUUGCCCACCUACCCAGCCGCACACUACUUUAGGAGUGGCAUCAUUGGCAGUGGCCUCUGCGUCUUCUCCAAGCAUUCAAUUCAGGAAUUCACCCAGCACGUCUACACCCUCAAUGGGUACCCCUACAUGAUCCAUCAUGGAGACUGGUUCUGUGGGAAGGCUGUGGGGCUGCUGGUGCUCCAUCUAAGUGGAUUGGUACUCAAUGCCUACGUGACCCAUCUCCAUGCCGAGUACAGUCGACAGAAGGACAUCUACCUAGCACAUCGUGUGGCCCAAGCUUGGGAACUGGCCCAGUUCAUCCACCACACGUCCAAGAAGGCCGAUGUGGUUCUGUUGUGCGGGGACCUUAACUUGCACCCAAAAGACCUGGGCUGCCGCCUCCUGAAGGAAUGGACAGGGCUGCACGAUGCCUACCUUGAGACCCGGGACUUCAAGGGCUCUGAAGAAGGCUAUACGAUGGUACCUGAGAACUGCUACAUCAACCAGCGGGAGCUAGAGCCGUUUCCCCUUGGCAUCCGCAUUGACUAUGUGCUGUACAAGGCAGUUUCUGGGCUCUACAUCUCCUGUAAGACUCUUCGAACCACUACAGGCCAUGAUCCUCAUGGUGGCACCCCCCUCUCUGAUCAUGAGGCCCUGAUGGCGACUCUGUGUGUGAGACACAGUCCCCCCCAGCACACCCCCAGCCCUACUCAUGGUUCAGCAGAAAGGUCACCAUUGGUCAGUGUGUUAAAGGAGGCCUUGGCAGAGCUGGACCUGGGCAUGGCUCAAGCUUGCAGAUGGGCCACCUUCGCUGGCUACGUGAUUGGUCUAGGACUGCUGCUCCUGGUGUUGCUGUGUGCUCUGGCAGCCAAAGGAGAGGUCCGGGAAGUCGCCAUACUGCUCUGGACUCCCAGUGUAGGACUGCUGUUGGGGGUGGGGGCGGUCUAUCUCUUCCACAUGCAGGAGGCCAAGGGCUUAUCUAGGUCCUGGGCGGAGCUCCAGCAUGUGCUGGGCAGGGCAAGGGAGGCCCAGGACCUGGGCCCAGAGUCUCAGCCAGCCCUGCUCUUGGGGCAGCAGGAGGGGGACAGAUCUGAGGAACAAUAAAGCCUGACACUUUUGUG